UGCUACCACCCUGGUAUCGACACGCCGACCCGCCCACCUGUACCUUCAAGCAGACUCAUGUCCUUGCAGCUCAAGCUCACACCAACACAACUUUCACUACACGACUUUCUCCUGCUUAUUCUGGACUUUUACCGGCUAUAAUGUCGGAUAAAACAAGCUUCGUGGACACCACCAUUCACCUGGAUGUCAAGGAUUAUUAUGGAAAGACGUUGAAGAACACCUCAGACCUGAAGAGCAAUGCCUGCGUGGCUCCAGCCCAGCCACUCCCCAAAUUCAUCCUUCAAGCUCUGAAGAAAGUCCAUCCUGAUGUCACCGACAGAUACUAUGGUUGCGGUCUUGUGGUGCCAGAGUGUUUGGAGGGCUGCAGGAUUCUGGACCUGGGAAGUGGGAGUGGUAGAGACUGCUACAUGCUGAGUCAGCUGGUGGGAGAGACGGGCCAUGUCACUGGUAUUGACAUGACUGAGGAUCAGCUUGAAGUAGCCAGGAAACAUGUGGAUUUUCACAUGAAGGAGUUCGGCUACAAGAAGCCCAAUGUGACUUUUGUCCUUGGUUACAUCGAGGCCUUAACAAAAGCUGGUCUGGAAAAGAACUCAUUUGAUAUCAUCAUCUCCAACUGUGUGGUGAAUCUUUCGCCGGAUAAGAAACAAGUCCUGACUGAAGCCCACAAUGUGCUCAAGGACGGUGGCGAGCUUUACUUCAGUGAUGUCUACAGCAAUGGAAGACUAACGGAGGAGAUCAAAAACCACAAAGUCCUGUGGGGUGAGUGUUUAGGUGGUGCACUUUGGUUCAAAGAUCUCCUACAGUUGGCCAAGGAAGUAGGAUUCAGCCCCCCGAGGCUUGUUCAAGCCAGCAUCAUCACUGUUGACAACAAGGAACUGCAGGACAUUCUAGGUGACUUCAAGUUUGUUUCUGCCACAUAUCGUCUGUUCAAGGUCCCUAAAGGCAGCACCAAGCCAUGUAAAGUCAUGUAUAAUGGUAACAUCACAGGGGCGGAGGACACCCUCCGCUUUGACUGUCAGUACACCUUCAAGGCUGAUCAAGUGGUGGAGGUAGACGCAGAAGUCGCCUCCAUUCUGACCCAUUCCAGAUUUGCACAUGACUUCACUUUCCAGCCACCAGGAGGCUCCUCUGAACCCUGCGGAGUCCGACCAAAGGCAGGCACUGAAGAUCCUUUUGAGCUUGCUGAGCAGCUGCCGAAGCAGGGUCCGGGUUCAGCCACCGGGGGGUGCUGCGGCACAAAGAUUGCGACUUGCUGCAAGUGAUGGAUUGUAGGAAAAGAGCGAUCCCACGUCCAGAACCAAGUACAUAUAGAUGCAGCCGCAGACAUUCUUAAGUCGAGCCCACUUAAAGGCCUACUGAAACCCACUACUACCCACCACGCAGUCUGAUAGUUUAAAAAUCCAUCCAUCCAUCCAUCCAUUUUCUACCGCUUAUUCCCUUUCGGGGUCGCGGGGGGCGCUGGCGCCUAUCUCAGCUACAAUCGGGCGGAAGGCAGGGUACACCCUGGACAAGUCGCCACCUCAUCGCAGGGCCAACACAGAUAGACAGACAACAUUCACACUCACAUUCACACACUAGGGCCAAUUUAGUGUUGCCAAUUAACCUAUCCCCAGGUGCAUGUCUUUGGAAGUGGGAGGAAGCCGGAGUACCCGGAGGGAACCCACGCAUUCACGGGGAGAACAUGCAAACUCCACACAGAAAGAUCCCGAGCCUGGAUUUGAACCCAGGACUGCAGGAACUUCGUAUUGUGAGGCAGACGCACUAACCCCUCUGCCACCGUGAAGCCUGUUUAUAAAUCAAAGAUGAAAUAUUAACAUUGCAACACAUGCCAAUACGACCUUUUUAGUUUACUAAAUUACAAUUUUAAAUUUCCCGGGAGUUUCGUCUUUGAAACUUCGUGUAAUGAUGACGUGUACGCAAGACGUCACGGGUUUUUAGGAAGUAUGAGGGCUGCACAUACACAGCUGAAUGUCGUCUGCUUUAACGGCAUAAUUAUACAGUUUUUUGGACAUCUGUGUUGCUGAAUCUUUUGCAAUUUGUUCAAUUCAUAUUGGAGAAGUCACAGUAGAAAGAUGGAGUUGGGAAGCUUUAGCCUUUAGCCACACAAACACACGGUGAUUCCUUGUUUAAAAUUCCUGGAGGUGGAAACUUUCCUAUGGAUCAGAGCGCGGUCAAGAGAACAUGGAUCCCACAUGUCAACCAGCAGGUUUCGGUGAGAAAAUUGUGGUUAAAAAGUCAGUUCUUACCGGAGAAAAGGUGAGCUUGUGCCGUCCAUAGCUGCCGUCGACUCCCCUGAGACACUGCGUGUCAAGACACCCGUGGACGUACACCUACGACUAUCAGGUACUAUUUAACUCACUAAAAGACUAGCAACACAAUAGAAAGAUAAGGGAUUUCCCAGAAUUAACCUAGUAAAUGUGUCUAAAAACAUCGGAAUCCGUCCCAAUGCAAUCACGUUUUUUUUUUUAACUUUUUUUUUUUUUUUCUAGUCCGUCGCUAUCAAUAUCCUCAAACACAAAUCUUUCAUCCUCGCUCAAAUUAAUGGGGAAAUUGUCGUUUUCUCGGUCCAAAUAGCACUUUUUGUUGGAGGCUCCCAUUAAAAACAAUGUGAAUAUGUGAGGAGCCAUCAAACAUGUGACAUCAUUGUCUGUGACUUCCGGUAGAGGCAGGGCUUUUCUCUUAGCACCGAAAGUUGCGAACUUUAUCGUGGAUGUUCUCUACUAAAUCCUUUCAGCAAAAAUAUGGCAAUAUCGCGAAAUGAUCAAGUAUGACACAUAGAAUGGACCUGCUAUCCCUGUUUGAAUAAGAAAAUCUCAUUUCAGUAGGCCUUUAAAGAUGCGGUCAUAGGGGUGACGACAACGGACGUGAGGCUAGAGAGACAAGACGCAACACAGAAAUAAAAAAAAAGUUAAGGUAAAGUACCACUGAUAGACACACACACACGCUGGGCGUGGUGAAAUUAUCCUCUGCAUUUGACCCAUCCCCUUGUUCCACCCCUUGGGAGGUGAGGGGAGCAGUGAGCAGCAGCGGUGGCUGCGCUCGGGGAAACAUUUUGGUGAUUUAACCCCCAAUUCUAACCCUUGAUGCUGAGUGCCAAGCAGGGAGGCAAUGGGCACCAUUUUGAUAGUCUUUGGUAUGACUCAGCCUUGGUUUAGGUUUGGGCUUCGGUUGGAGUUAUUGUUUCAUAUAAUCAUCCGAAAAAGCAAUACAUUCAUCAGCCGAAAUAUUAACAGCGUGUGUUGCAUAAGCCAUCUUGGAUCACAAUACAAAUCAAGUGUCCACUCUCGCUUUGUCAGCACCACUGUGGGUAUGUCUUUAAAACAUGGUUCACUUCCGUUGUGGUGGGCGCGACUUAGAGUGUCUGCGGCGACAGCAAGACCCUUCUCUGCAGAACAUGUGUCUCUGUCCUAUUUGUCUGCCUCACAGUUCUUAAUAAAUGGAACAAUGUGUGCUAUAUAUCAAGUACAUUAGUAUACAUCAAAUGACUUUAAAAACAAUCACAAACAUUCAAAAUUAUUGAUAUGAUACAUUAACGUAUUUCAAACAAGUCUUAAAUUGUCAAUACCUGGCUUUGUUCUUUGACUGCAAUGUUUAUAGUUGACUGAUUCCUAAAUUAUUAAAUCCUAUUCUUUAUCAAGUUGAUUGUUGUUUUGUAUUAAGACGAUAAAUAAAACGUUUUCAAAUCGUGACGUGA